AUGGCGCCAGCUGUGAGGGAAGCGGCUGGGGCUGAAAUUUUCCUCCCUCCAAGGAUAGAGGAUAGUGCAAAAAAAAGGGCGAAAUCCUCGGACGGCCGGUUUGCAGGAUCUACCACAGAUGCUCUUAUAUACGCAUCUGGACCGUCCGUUAAGCUCCCGUUUCUUAACCGGCACAAAAGAAAAGCACGCGAGACCCUCGCGCAGCAGCCUCUCCUCCCUGCCCGCGCCGCCAUCUCUUCUCCCUGCCCGCCACGCGCCUCGCCGCGCCCGCAGCGCGAUCUCUUCUCCCUGCCCGCCACGCGCCGCGCCGCCUUCCCUACUCUCGCCGUGCAGCACCGCGACCCCUACCCGCGCCGCGCCGCGUUCCCUACCCGUGCCGUGCGGCACCGCGACCCCUACCCGUGCCGUGCAGCACCGCGACCCCUACCCGCGCCGCGCCGCCUUCCCUACCUGCGCCGUGCAGCACCGCGAUCCCUACUCGCGCGGCGCCGCGCCGCCCCUCGCCGCCUUCCCUUCGUCCUACUCGUGCUGGGCGCCGCUACCGACGCCAAACCCUACGGAUUGACGACAAGUGUCAGAGAGACUAAAGCCUCAGGUCAUAGUGGUGCGCCAAUUCGAGAACCACCAAAGAAAAGGACAAAGACAACCAAAACAGUUGAGUUAUCCAUUGUGCCUUGCGAAGAUGGAGUACCAACAAGAAUCUGUUUUCCCCCAAGCAAAAGCUUGGAAACUACAACCAAAAAAGGGGGAAACAUGCUAACUCUAGUGCUGGAGCAUUAAAAAGCAAAAGCUUGAAGAAUACAAACAAAAAGGGAAAAGGGGGGAAAUCUGAAUCAGUUCGAUCCAAGAGAUCAAGAACCGGCUCAAAACAUCCGGAGCCAAUUUCCAUCGAGUUUCCUAUGCACGGCGAUGAAACAAAUGUUCCUGUGAAGGUUAGGGGCAAGAGUAAGGAGUGCACUGAAAAGAUUCCUAUGGUGCCACAAGACAGCCCAGCAAUGUGCACAAGAAGCAAAAAAUUUAACUCUGCAAGCCCUUCAAUGAGCACAAGAAGCAAAAGGCGGCUUAGUUUGUGAUUCUCAUGUUUUCCUUAAUGUCAUGGUUACUUUUGGAUGUCCUUUUGUGCUGCUCAUGUGAUGUACUUGUGGACCUGACCUCAUAUGUGAAACAGUAUGUGAUGCAUGCCAACUAGUACUGAUGUAUGUGGUGAAUGUGAACCUAAAUGUGAUGUAUGUGUGA